AGCAACCGAGCAACCGAUCAAGAGCUCCUCUUGAAGCUCACCCUCCUCUGUGCUUGUGGUCAGGGGUACUGUUAUCACUGUGCAGAAAUGGCAGGCAAGGCCUCGGUCGCGCUGUUCCUGGCCGUCAACAUGGUCGUGUUCGCCAUGGCCAGCGCCUGCGGCGGCCACUGCCCCCCUUCGACGCCGUCCACCCCGUCGACGCCGACCCCGACGCCGGCAUCGUUCGGCAAGUGCCCCCGCGACGCGCUGAAGCUUGGCGUGUGCACCAACGUGCUCGGCCUCAUCAAGGCCAAGGUUGGCGUGCCUCCCACCGAGCCAUGCUGCCCGCUGCUGGAGGGUCUCGUCGACCUCCAGGCCGCCGUGUGCCUCUGUACCGCCAUCAAGGGGAACAUCCUCGGCAUCAACCUCAACCUGCCAAUUGACGUCAGCCUCAUCCUCAACCACUGCGGCAAGACCGUGCCCACCGGAUUCAAGUGCCUCUAAGCUAACCUGUCGAUGCAUUUACCUGGCAUGCAUGAGCCGAUCAUGCCAACAUUCUUUUGCUUAUCCUCCAUUUGUUUUAGUGCAGUCUUAUCGGUUGCUACGUGCGAAUGUAACCGGUCUGACCAGCUUCCGCCUUUUGGUGUUUCCUGUGCUAGUUCUUACAUGGACUAAUCAUUUGGGUUAUUAUGUUGUAUUCGGCAAUCCACUCGUUAUAUGAAUAAAGUUAAUUUCUUUAA